UUUUAAGAAGAUCAAUUGUAGAAAUAGGCGGCCCUUAUCACUUUGUGGCUAUGGUAACUAACGUUCGUGACGACCAAGUCAGAUCAUCCCACUGCGUGAAGUCGUUCGGCAAAGAUGUCUGCUACGGAUGUAGGCGGUUGUGGACCCGGAGCAGGACCCAGUUCGGGUGCUGGGUCCGGGGCAUCAAACCCUCGAAAAUUUAGCGAGAAAAUAGCUCUACAUACCCAACGUCAGGCUGAAGAGACUGCCGCUUUUCAGGAGGUUAUGAUGGACAUCACCUCUACCAGGAUCCAGGCUCAGAAAGUGCGUCUGGCUAGAACCCAGGGCCCGUACUAUGGGGGCUCCCUACCCAAUGUUAAUCAGAUCGGCAGGAACCCAGGCGACUUUCAGGGUUUAUUCCACUCUAACUUGGACUCCAGUCGCUCCACACGGCACCACGGGCUGGUAGAGCGGGUCCAGAGGGACAGACGCUUCAUCUCCCCAGUGCGCCCCUACAGGAGAGUGGACAGCUCUCCAUACAACUCAGCCUAUCUGUCCCCACCUCCGGACACCAGUUGGAGAAGGAACUGUUCGGGCAACUUCCCAGGAGACAAAAGCCAGUUAUUUCGCCUCCCCACCAUGGCACUCAACAGGACCAACUCAGACUCUGCCCUCCACACCAGUGUGAUGAACCCCCCUGCAGGAGACUCCUUCAGUGCUGGACACACACUCACCCCUCAGGGCAGACUCACAGGUCAGAGUGAAGGAGAGGGGAGAAGAAGUGAGCCUAAAAGUCCCACUCGCUUGUUUCCGUACCCAGUUCCCCCCAUUGAGGAGAAUGUUCUGGAUCAGGGCAUACUGCUCAAGCCCUGGGACACCAAGAAGUUGCCCCUGCUGUCUUCUCGACCCAAGUCCUGUGAAGUUCCCGGUAUUAAUAUCUUCCCCUCCCCGGACCAGCACUCCAGCACCCCCCAUGCCCCCUCAGCCCUGAACACGGGGGGCUCCCUGCCCGACCUCUCCAGCCUGCACUUUCCGUCGCCGCUGCCCACCCCGCUGGACCCAGACGAGCCGGGCUACCCCUCGUCCCUGAGUGGGGGCAGCAGCACUGGCAACCUGGCCACCACCCUCACCCAGCUGGGCAUUAAUGCCAGCAACGCCUUCCGCCACUCGCCAGGUCUCCUGGCAUCUCUUCAGGGCACUCUCAGUAACCCCUCCUUGCAGUCCUCGCUAAGCAACCCCAACAUCCAAUCAUCUCUCAGUAGCCACUCCUUCCCCAACUCCCUCAGCUCCACCUCCUUGCACUCGUCGCUUAGCAACCCGUCCCUGCAGUCCUCCCUUAGUUCCUCCCCCUCCCUUCAGUCUUCCCUCAGCAACCAAUCCCUGCACUCCUGCCUCAGCAACUCCUCCCUGAGUGGCCAGUCCCUCCAGACCGCAGUCAGUAACCCUAGUUACAGUAGCGGGGUGGGAGGGUCCGGCUCGUGUGCCUCUUAUUCGCCAUUGUUAACUAGCCAGGGGCAGUCGCCUCUCAGCACGUCGCCACGGAGACGAGCUCAGCUCUCCCCUCUGAUCCUACCCAUGGGAGGGGAGUCUCGCCGGCACCACUCCAAACAGUUCUCCCCCACCAUCUCUCCUAACUUGUCCUCCAUAACACAGGGCGUCCCUCUGGACACUAGCAAACUGCCCAUGGACCAGAGGCUCCCUCCCUACCCCUUCAGCCAACCCCAGCAGCAGCUUCAUCAGCCAGGUCCUCCAACAUCCCAGCAGGCCUCUCAGGCAGGACAACAGCUCUCCCAGCCGUCUGUGGUACUACAACAACAACAGCAGCAUCAACACCAACACCAUCAGCUGCAUUUGCAAUACCAGCUGCACCAGCAGCAACGUGCCCAGUCUCAGCAGGCCCUCCAGCAGCUGCACCUGCAAAACCUGCGCAAUGUCCAGAACCAGCAGCAGCAGCAUAGGGUGUCAGUCAAAAUUGAGAAGCAGGGUGAGCAUGGCCAGAACUCCCAGUGCCUGCAGACGCAAGACCUCCAGUCGACCCAGCAACAGCAGCAGCAACAACAACAGGACCAGCAAGACCAACAGCAGCAGAUGGAGCAGCAAAGGCAGCAGGGAAGUCUUCCCCAGCUGCAGCACAUCAGCCACUCCCUGGCCACAGACCUGGGCUUCUACAACGACACAUUACUGUUAAACUCUCUGUUGAAUGAUCCCUACCUGGGCCUGCAGAUCGCCUCCAGACAGAACCAGCAGUUCAACAUGGAGACUCCGGGAGACAGCCUGUCAUUCAACCAUGGUGGCUUGGGCUGUGGGAGUGGUGGAAAGGACCAGGAGGAAUUCUACCACUCCAACCAUGGCUUCCUGGAGCUCCACGAUUCAGGGGAUAGGCAGCACCUUAACAACCAGAACUUUGGGGGAGAGGGAUGCCACAACGUCCCUAACAUCAUCCUCACAGGAGACAGUUCGUUGGGCCUCUCCAAGGAGAUCGCCAGCGCACUGUCCCAUGUGCCAGGGUUUGAGAUGGACUCCUUUGCCCUGGAUGACCCCCUCAGGAUGGACCCUCUGGCCCUUGAAGGGCUGGGCAUGCUGGAUGGGGACCUCAUGCUGACCGACCCCGCCGUGGAAGACUCCUUCCGCUCCGACCGCCUCAAGUGACCCCCCCCCCCCCCCCCCCCCCCCCGGCCUGGAGUGGAUACUGUGGAGGGAAGGGGCUUGGAACAACCCCGGGCUGAAGCAGAACAGGUGGGGUUGAGCCCUGCUUUGCUUCCCCCUCCUUGGCGAUUGACCCAACCACAGGAUCUGCGAAUACGAGGUCAGGUGGGAGGUUUUGGACAGUCUAGUGCAGGGUUCUCUGACUGGUCCCGGAGAGAAACUGGAGAGCAGGCUUUUGAUCCACCAUAGUACUAAUAUACCUGUCAAAUAAUCAGCUAAUCACAGUCUUCAAUCUGGACCUUGAUUAUUUGAAUCGUGUGUGUUAGUCCUGGGCUUGAAUAGAAUUGUACAUGCUCUCCAGGACCAGAGUUGGAGGCACCUGGUCUAGUGGGGACCUCUCCACAUGCUUUUUGUGAGGUGAUGUGGUGGUGGGGAAGGUUGGAGGACAGGACUGACAUGUCAGUGGUGGAGCAAGUUUAUCGAAAGCGCACUUAUGAUGCUGAAGAGAAAAAAAGAAAAUAUCGGCAUUAGCUUGUACGAGUCUUAUCUGCAUGUAAACAAAUGCACUUCGGAUAAUGCAUAAAUGCAGGGAUCACGCAUGAGGUCAGUUACACUUGAAAAUGCCGUCUUGAAAACCAUAUAAUAUGCAUUCUAUAAGACAGGACUUUUCCGACUGGUAUUUCGGCUUUGUCUGUCGGUGUUCCAUCAUUCCAACGCCAGUAUGGGGAGGCUGGAAUAUCAGCUAUGUUUGCCAUCAUUCUACUGCAAGAACACACAGUAGAUCUGGGGUAUUUUCUGGAUUACAUCAACCCAACCAGAGACUGUUCAACCAAUAGUGGCCAAUUGACAUGUCAUUAAGUGUUUCCAUUUUAUUUAAGUUUGGUGAAGGUAAUUCAAUGGCGGACCUUGCUAGCUAUAGUUCAGAUAGAGUUCAGUGUUUCAACGGACAAAGAGAAGAAAGUUUGUUUUUGGAGAGGUGACUUUCUCAGUCCCUUGGGACAAGUUGGCACUUACGGGGCCAUUUUAGUGUCUGGACAGCAUAUUCGCCUGUAAGAUUAUCACUGUCUGUGUUCUAGACCCAGCUAAAUUGACCUUUCUCAUUUGACGUCUGUUAACUCGAAUCGUCUUGAUCGUUCCAAAUCUAAAAAAUAACUAAAUCGAUUGUCUAAGGAUAUUGUCCUCAUAUUGAAUCAAGUAGUCCUUAGAGUCCAUUAUCCUGUCUAUUAAAAACAACACAUAAAAUAACACAUUUCACUGCACCUAUCUGGUGUAUGUGACAAACAUUUGUGUAUAUAUAUAUUUUUUAUAUAUGUCCCAACAUGGCAGCUGUUGCCAUUCUGCCAGCCUGCUUCUAUACCAUGGAACUUCUCUGUAAGUUUAAGCCGUGGACCUUUUGCUAUGUACCACCUCUGUGUGCCUGCUAUCCUGCUAGCUCCCCCUUAGAUCUUAGACCUACCCUCUUCUACACAUUCCCUUUGAAGCAACUAGGGACUGUUUGUUUUUAAAUGUGUACUAUUCACAAAGUGUCUGCCUUCCAUCAAGAGAAUUGGCAUUGUUGACAUGAAAAAGAAAGAGGACAAAAGCCCUCAAUACAUUUCAAUGACAUGAGUUGUAUGUUUUAUCAUUUAGUAAUUGGGAAACGACAAGGUCAAAACCAUGUGAAUGCAUAGCAACAUUUUUGCCAUAGUAUGUAUUGUAACUGUUACUACUAACCUAAGGCCUUGGAGCUUUAGUGUCUGUUUUAGUCAGGUAAUCCUAGCCACUGUGAUUGACACCUCUAACCCCUCCCACCUGCUGCACCUGUCUUGCCACAGCAAAGGCCAUAGCCAGAUUAUAGUAACAUAUUUUUAUGUAACAAAGUAGUUAUUACUAUGAAGUUGUAUUUUUUAAUUAAAGGUGGUCUUUGUAUAUAAAUGUAUAAAUAACUGAAUAUAUUUAAGAAGAGAAGCCGUUUGGUUCCGCAACACCCUGAAACCGGUUGCAUGAUUUGAAAAGCAACAGAUUCUGAACAAUGUAGUCCAUUUGCUAUGCAAAAUGUUCUUGUGCAUGUCUUGUGACUGUCUGGGAGUUGUCAAAUACAAUUUUUCAGAUAGUACAUUUGCAUCAUACUAUUGUAGCGAAAAUACAUUUUUUGUAAAAUAUUUUUUUUGGCGUUUUUAAAUGGUCAUUUUGCUUUGGUGACAAUUUGAUAUUGGUGUCUAAAGACUACUGUAAGUUUGACAUUGUGUGGCAGCAACAGGAAGUUAGAGCGCUUGAGAUAAUAUCGUUUAACUUUCAUAAUGACAAAGAUUAUGGAAAUCAGCCCUUCUUUCCAGUGUGGACUGAAAGAGGCCAUGUUUGACAGACUUAAUAAAACACAAGCAUUGCAAUUUGGAUAUAGAAAGCUGUAUGCAACUGUUACAUCAUAGAUUUGUGGUAACAUCCAUCCUAAAAUGAAGUAGUGCUGUUCUGAAGUUGUGCUAACAUGGAGUUUAACCCCCUUAUUGACAAAUAAUGAAGUACCUCUAAUUACCGGUAUGCUUUAUUUCAACCAUAUUGCUUUUACACUGAUCAUAUGAGCCAAAUGCAAAUCUGUUUUGACAGGGAGUGGAGGUUGAAGUGGUUUGAGUAUCAAACCUAUGGUAAAACCCAUUCACUACGGCCUCCUAUCCAACAGUAAUAGUGUGGGUUUGCAAAGUCCCCUUUUACCACUGUGUGCCAACGUUGUGCCUUGGUGUAUAUCUUGCUUCUUACUAGGCUGGUGGUAUUGGCAAGCCCACAAGUCGUUUUGAAGAGCCAUAAUAAUGCAUUUCCAAUUUAGCCAUUAAUGAGGGGAGGUAUAAAAAUAAAGUUAGCGUGAAAAUCAUAUUUGAAAGUGUUUCUGCAUUGCUUAGUCCUGUGUUCCCUAUUUUCUGUGGCAGGUUUCCUGUAUUUUCUGAUUUUGUUUAGUACUGCACUGUGGACCAUUCCCAACCAAAACUGAAAAUAUUAUUUUGAAGUGAUAUUUGAAUUGAUAGGUUAUAUAAUGGAGAUUUGAAUGAGGUUUUUUAAAUUGGACUGAAGAGUGGAUUAAAUGUCUUGUCUGUUUAGAAGGAAUCAUGUAAGUGUGGGUAGUAUAUUUGGGAUUUGGUCUGAAGGGUAUUCUGAUGAAGUACCAUUUAAUUUCAGUGUCAGCGCUGGCAGUUGACUCGAGAGGUGUGAUGAUUAUAUGAUCUCCAUCUUCACCUGGUGUGAGAACAGACCUGAAAUGCAGAGAAAGUCAUUUUACUGUUAUUCUGCACAUUGUCAUUUGAAAACCCAAGAGCACGCCCGCCAUUGGUACUCCUGCUUGAUUAGUCCAGGGUGAAGCAUGUUUGCUCUACCAGUUGUUUGAUUUAGAAUCUGUGACAAUGUUACGCAAUGCCUCAGAGAAAUAUCAGUCACUUUUCUUCAGGUUAUUAUUAUAUAUAUUUUUAAAAACUUGUUUAUUUAACUAGGCAAGUCAUUUAAGAACAAAUUCUUAUUUACAAUGACUGCUUAACCCGGCCAAACCCUGACGACGCUGGGCCAAUUGUGUGCCGCCCUAAGGGACUCCCCAUCACGGCCGGUUAUGAUACAGCCUGGAAUCAAACCAGGGUCUGUAGUGACGCCUCAAGCACUGUGAUGUAGUGCCUUAGACCGCUGUGCCACACCCAAAAUUAUCAUGUGUAUCCAAAAGUUUGAUUAUGUACACUGCAGUUUUUUUUACUGUGAAAAGGAGCAAUAAUUGCUCAUGGGUUUCCCCCUCUGCAUUAGUUAGUUAUACCAAGUGAAUUUGUCUCACAUCUUGGCAAUUCUUCACAGCUGCAAUUUUAUGCUUCAGCUGUCAUGCCUUUAGAAAGCAAUAAUAAUGUGGUCGUUUUGUAGGCACUAACAGAGCUAGGCUAUGGAUAAAUCAUUUUUGGGUUUGUUUUGAUAAACACAUCAGGUCUGUGUGGAGAACAACAGGCUUGGUCGAUCUUAUGUUUUGUUCUAUGAGAUCAUCUAUCACCAAGUAAUUUUUUGGGGUAAAUUUUGAAGCAUUUAUGUAAUCAAAAUAGGCUUCAUAGUUCAUAAAGGUUGUGUUCAUAGACAUAUCUCAUUGAACGAAACAUAGAAAAUCAUCAAAGCAUGUGUUAACCUCGGACCUUAUUUCCGGCGUUUAUCCCCAAACCACAUUCAUUUCCUCCAUAGGAACGGCUGAACGAACCUGAGGAUUAAUUUCCCGAUUUUUAAGACUACAAGGAGGCUGCGCUAACAACUUCAUUGAUAUCUCAGCAUCUGUGUUAUGCAGUAACAGUUGAAGACCAUGCACGGCAAUAACAUUGCCAGUAGGGGUUGCUGUUGAACAGUGAAGCUAUGUGUGAUAGGGAUCAGUCAGAUGGCCAUAUUAAUUGCUGUGUUAUUGUUCAGCGAAUUCUACGGUUGUAGUUAACGUUUUUGCUUCAUGUUUAGGGUCAAAACCAUAUGUAUUUUGCGUUUUCAGAGUAAUUACAUUUAAAUGUUUAUUUUAAACUUGUAAUAUCCAGGGAACCCAUCGAUGUUGUAAAUAAUGUUCCUAAAUGUUCCUAAACCACUGCAUCUUAAACCUAACAAGAAAAUAUUUGUACCUUUCACAUUAUUUUACAAAAAAAUAAAGCAUAUAAAAAAUCC